AUGGCCUCACUUGCGCGACCCUCGGUGCUGCGGCAAGCGGUGCUGGCGGCUCGGGCUCCCGGCGCCAUGGCCGCCAGAGCUGCCGCUUUCCACGGCUCCAGCAAGAGAUGCGCCAUCUUGCCGCCUGGACCGCAGCGGAUCGAAGGUGGAGUCAACGACCCUGCCCCGGUGCCCACCCCGUCUGCAGCCCAUGGCUCCUACCACUGGACCUUUGAGCGGCUCGUCGCGGCCGGCCUCGUGCCCUUGUCCAUUGCGCCGUUCGCCUCGGGCUCGCUCAACCCGACCAUGGAUGCCGUCCUCUGCUGCGCCGUCCUCAUCCACUCCCACAUGGGCUUCCAGUCCGUCAUCAUCGACUACAUCCCCAAGAAGCGGUACCCCGGCCUGCGGAAGCUGUUCUGGUGGGGGUUGAACGCGGCCACGGUGACGGUGGGCAUUGGCCUGUACGAGUUUGAGACCAACGACGUCGGCGUUACGGAAGCCAUCAAGCGGGUCUGGAAGGCGUAG